AAUUUGGAUAAGAUACCAUAAAUUAUUGUGGUGGGAUUUUGUGGACAGUUGAAAUGGAGAGACACACACUCGCAGCUUUAUCGUCUAAGCAACAGAAAACUAAGCAUUUUUUAUGGAUUGAAUUUGAAAAAAGAUUUGUUGCAUCAAUUGCAACUUGUUUUGGAUAAGCUUAAUUUAGCUUACAAGAUUCCUCUUAAGCACAAAGGGGGACCAAAUCAUACUCAAGGAUUUCAAAGGUGGAUUUCCCAUGGAAGUAAUAAUUUGGUCAUAGAAAGGAAGUUCAUUAAAGAGAUGGGUAGAAGGCAACCUAGACUCAAUCAUCUUGAUCUAAGCACUACAUCAUUACUACAAAACUUUAUUGGUUGUUUUAAUUGGGGAAAUAGAGAUAAAUCCAGCUAUAUCCAUAUGCUUGAAGAGCUUAAACAAAUUGAAGAGAAAAAAGAGAAAGCUUUGGCUGAUUUUGCCCAAAAUCCCAACAUUUUCAAUUCCUCAACUCCAAGAAAUGCCAUAGAGGAGCAAAUCAAAGUAAAUUCCCUAUACUUAAUCCUAUGUUUUCAUUUUAUCUACAUAUCUCUGAAAUAUUCGUUAUAAAGAUUUUAAUCGAAUAAUCAAAGUGUUAUCCGUUAGGAGUUGACGAACCUUUCAAUGAGUUGUAUUGUCCCUGAUAGGAGUUUUGCCUGGCUCUAUGGAGAGCUUGAGUGAAGCUGCUUAAAGAGGCGGUAGGUUCAAUAAAAAAAGAGCACCUGAUCAGACACGAUCACCUACCAAGUAAAUAUAAACAUUUACGCUUGGUAGUUGGCCGUGCGUCACUCAUAGUUCAAGAGAUGCUCCUAUUCCGUUGAACCCCCCUCAGGCUCUUUGUAAAGUUGGGAGACAAAAUCCCGAUCAGGAACAAUAAUGACCCGUUGAGGGGUCCAACAUCUCUUGACAAACAACACUUCGAAAAUUACUCCGGAAAGAGUCGGCCUCCCCUUAACAAUUUUUGUUAACAACCAAAUUCAAAUUGUCUACUCAAUAGGCGCGUAGGUGUUAACAAUUUCAUCCACGUGCUUCAAACAUGCUCUAUGUCAUAUUUAAGCUAGGGGCAGAGCUACAAUUUUACUUAGGGUGCAAAAUUGAAUGAUAAUUUUUAGGAGCCAAAGUGUAAUUUUACCAUUAACUUGUAAUUUCAUAAAUUCUAAAAGGGCUAAAGGAGAAAAUUGACCAUGUUGAGAGGCAAGGCCACUGCCUAUCCCCUUACCUCCGCCCUUGCAUUUAACACUCAAGCUACUGGUUAAGCUUUAGAGAAGAACACAAUUGAUACGAUAAUGAUACUUUGAAAAUUAGGAUAAAAUAUUUUGAAAUCUGAAACCAUUUCAAAAUUCAAGACGUCCGGUGAAAUUAACUAUAUAUAUAUAUAUAUAUAUAUAUAUUCACAUGCGUAGAUCGUUAAGAAAAAUAUCACUAGAACUAAGAAUCGAGCAACAUGAAGUGAAAUCAACCAUUGAAGGUUUGGAGAAAGAACUUAUUCCUAUGAAAGAAGAGGUGUUUGUUUACUAUGAUCAACGACGAGAGAUGUUGAAGCAAAAAGAAGCAGCCCAAUAUUGCAUUUCGAAACUGAGGCAAACCUUUGUUGAAAUGAAUGGUAUGUAUGAUGAAUACGUUUCACUGUUGAGCAAUGCCAAAGAGCUUGCUAGGAACAAAGAUGUCGCAGCAUUAUGGAAACUCUCGCAUCAACAGGUUGAAGAAUUCAUGUCGGAAUGGAAUCAUCCGUAUGUUAAAACUUUCAGAACCAAUUACAAGUUUAGCAUUUUGCCUUCGUUGAGUGAUCGCUGGUUGAGUAGAGAUGGACGGAUCGGAUUCGGAGAUGACGACUGAGAAACACUUCGGUAUAUAGAAGACAUAUGUAGCAUAAAUUAGUUCGACUUCGAGUGGAUAUCUAUAUCGAACAUAGGUGACAAAUACAUAUUUAAAAAUAUAGGUCCAACUAUGAACAUAGUUAAAUAUUUUUUUAUGUUAAAUUCAAGUUCAUAACAAAUUCGUUUUCUUGUUA